UAAUUAGGACCAUUCUGACUUAUUCGUGUGUCGCCAACACCACAUUCCUGACUUGUUCACCUGUCGCUAGACAACAUGUCGAAGAAACGCAAGAUCGGCCCGGGGAAGCAGAAGCACAGGCCAGCUUCUCACAAGACCCAGGACAAGGUCAAGAAAACCACCCAAAAACCCGGAAAGCCACAAGCCAAGCCCGACAGCAGCAACCCCAAAACUCAGGCCCGGGAUCUCGAGCCCACUAUUCCUUUCUCUCCCGAAGACUCCAUCCUCCUCGUUGGUGAGGGCGAUCUCAGCUUCUCACGGGCACUUGUGGAGCACCACUACUGCGAAAAUGUCACGGCGACCGUGCUGGAGAAGGAUCUCGAGGAGCUCACUGCCAAGUACCCUCAUGUGAAGGAGAACAUCGACCUCAUCGAGGCUGAUGGAAGCAAGGUCGCAUAUGGCGUAGAUGCCAAGAAGAUGGCACCUUGGGCCAAAAAGUCGGGCAAAGAGUCGGUGGGCGUCAUGGACAGGAUAAUAUUCAACUUCCCCCACGUGGGAGGCAAGAGCACAGAUGUGAACCGCCAGGUACGGUACAACCAGGAGCUGCUCGUCGAGUUCUUCAAGCGGGCGCUGCUCUCGCUGGCCCCGGGGGGGACCAUCAUCGUCACCCUGUUCGAGGGAGAGCCCUACACCCUCUGGAACGUCCGCGACCUGGCACGGCACGCGGGCCUGCAGGUCGAGCGAAGCUUCCGGUUCCAGGCCUCCGCGUACCCGGGGUAUCACCACGCGAGGACGCUCGGCGUCGUCAAGAACAAGCAGGGGGACGUCGGCGGCGGCUGGAAGGGCGAGGACCGCGCCGCCCGGAGCUAUGUCUUUGUGCGGAAGGACGAGGUGCCGAAGCCGAUCUCCAAGAAGCGCAAGCGCUCGGGGGAUGAUGAUGACAGCGACGAUUCGGAUUGAACACGCGCCGGGGUCAAAAUCAUGCUACGAUCUCGAAUCUGGCCGUGCCAGUAAUCAUCAAGCUGAAAUCUCCUCUUCGACACAGAGAGAAUUCACCUGCAAUCACCAAUAUGGAGGGCAUUGUUCGAGCUUGUGCGGGCCACUGGGAGUCCAGAAGGGCGCGGGUCGGCAGUCGAACCGAGUGGGUCAGCGAUGAAAGGGUCUUCUUGACACAUUGGCUUUGUGGCGUUCGAGGCAUAUGGCCAAUAUCAAGUCGACUACUCAAGAUGACAAGGCCACCCGUGCAACAAUCAUCAUGCCAGAUGGUCAUACAAUCUACAGCUCGCUAUGACGCUCACGAUACGGCUUGCUCAGCGAAUGGAUCAGUCACAUGCGGCUAAAAGUCCGUGUCCGAUGGACAGGCUUCAAGGUCGCAGCGAGGGACUCUCCAGAGUGACAGCAUUUCUAUAUGUUCAAAAUUCUACUGAACGAACAUCAAACAUUAUUUGCUGGACCGGCCAGACUCACAGCGGGUGGUUCUCAGGGCAUAGUCUCAAAAUAUCAAGAAAGAAAUAACCACAACACAAAUGAAAAAGCUCCGUACUUGAGAACUCGUGAGGAAUUCCCGUGUUCACAUAUACGUCUCACGUCCUCGUCAGAAGGCUGUGACACAUGUGGAGAUCUCCAGAAACGAAUCAAACCUCACGCGCUCAUCUUCACAGAGUUAUGGAGACGGCCAAUCGAUACAUAGACAGGCCCCGAAAGCCUUGAUAUAGCGCCCGGCCCUGUCAAAGAGUCAUCUCUAGACCGAACCUGAAAAAUCAAUAGAUUAGCAUAACAAAUAGAACGAUGACCACAGAAGACGAUGCCAGCUGCCCAACCUUCUUGAGCGAGCAAGGACCUCCUCCAUUUAUACGCCGACCUGUCACAUGCAGCCUGGGUUCACAGCACA